CAAUCUGACAAAGGAGAUUUGAGUACACUGAGUCUUCCCCCCAGUACACUUCAUGGAGGCUCCGAAGGAAACAUCAGCCUGGAAGUCCCCGAAGGGGCACCAGAUCCACAGCGCACUAAGGCAGCCAUGGACCAUCUACACCAAAAGAUCCUUAAGAUUACUGAACAGAUAAAGAUUGAGCAAGAGGCUAGGGACGAUAAUGUGGCAGAGUAUCUGAAGUUGGCUAAUAAUGCAGACCGACAACAGGCCUCUCGCAUCAAACAGGUUUUUGAGAAGAAGAACCAGAAAUCUGCACAAACAAUUGCUCAAUUACACAAAAAAUUGGAACAUUAUCAUAAGAAACUAAAGGAGAUUGAACAAAAUGGUAUAUCACGACAGCCAAAGGAUGUCUUGAGGGACAUGCAGCAAGGACUAAAAGAUGUUGGAGCCAAUGUUCGGGCAGGCAUUAGUGGCUUUGGUGGAGGAGUAGUUGAAGGUGUUAAGGGAGGGCUUUCUGGCCUGUCGCAGGUCACACAUACAGCAGUGGUAUCAAAGCCCAGAGAGUUUGCUAGCCUUAUUCGCAACAAAUUUGGCAGUGCUGACAAUAUCCCACAUCUAAAAGAUGGUAUAGAAGAAGAUAGUGAGACACAAGGAGGUGCAAGAGCACUGAGUGGCAGUGCAACAUUGGCACCAAGUCCCAAGUAUGGGAGUGAUGAUGAAUGCUCUAGUGCUACCUCUGGCUCAGCUGGAGGAGGAAGUAAUUCUGGGGCUGGACCUGCAGGACCUGAUCACCAUGGACACCAUGGAGGCUUUGAUGCCAUUCUUGAAGAACUCUGUGAAAUCAAGGAUGGGCAGAGUCAUCUUGAGGAUUCAAUAGAAGACUUAAAAUCACAGCUGCAGCGAGACUACAACUACAUGACACAGUGUCUCCAAGAAGAGCGCUACAGGUAUGAACGUUUGGAAGAGCAGCUUAAUGAUUUAACAGAAUUACAUCAGAAUGAGAUGACUCUGCUUAAACAGGAGUUAGCCAGCAUGGAGGAGAAAGUUGCUUAUCAGUCAUAUGAACGUGCCAGAGAUAUUCAGGAAGCUGUGGAGUCUUGUCUCACCCGUAUCACUAAACUAGAGUUGCAGCAACAACAGCAACAGGUUGUACAGUUAGAAGGGGUGGAAAAUGCCAAUGCUCGUGCUCUACUAGGCAAGUUCAUCAACGUGCUGUUAGCUCUCAUGGCUGUCCUGCUAGUUUUUGUAUCCACGGCUGCAAGUUUCAUCACACCAUUGGUGAAAACACGCCUACGCCUUUUGUCAUCUCUACUCUUCCUUCUUUCCCUGCUCACUCUCUGGAGGCACUGGGAUUGCAUUACUUAUUGUCUAGAACAUGUUCUCCUACCUAGCUGA